AGAAGACACAGCAGAGCGAUGAAGCUUCUAUUGCUGCUGGCUGUGGGGCUAGACCUGGCCUGGGCCCAGCAGGACCAAAGCCAGGUUCCCGUGCAGCAGGGCUUCAGCCCUGAUCAGGUGACAAGGGCCUGGAAGACCCUCAAUCUGGCUUCCACUAACCGGUCUGUCAUUGAAGAAGGAGGUGCUUACCGGUGCUUCAUGACUGGUAUUGUCCGCCUGGCCAACGGCAACCUGAAUGUCACCUACUUUCACAGGAAAGAUGGAAAGUGCGUGAAGGAAUUUAUCGUGGCAGAGAAAACUGACAUCCCUGGACGCUACACCUUUGAAUACCAAGGCAAAAACUAUCUGACCUUUGUGGCCGUCACUAAGGACUUCCUCAUCAUGGACUACGAAAACCAUUAUGAAGGAAAUACCCUCAUUGUGGCUGAGCUCCAUGGCAGGACUCUGCUUUCAGGUAAACUGGGAUUGGUGGCCUAUUUGAAGCACACAGCCAGAAGAGGCAUUGUAGCAGGCAACAUUGAGGACGUGUCCUUGGAUCGGAAGGAGCUAGCUGGUGUGAGGUGA